UCCCCACGUUGCAUACCCAUUUCAUUCCAAUCCGACGGGCAGCAUUCGUUUCCGCAGACAAAUAUAUACACCCCUGAAAACCUGAAUUCAGUAGUGAAAAAAUCUCAGUGACAGCAGCGGGAGAAAACUUGAAAUAUACAUCUUUCCUUAAGAAGGUAGUACAAUGGCUUUUGUCAACAGAAUUGGCAAUGUGCUAAAAAAUACAUUGAGCAGGCAUGCUCAGUUGGAAGUAUCGGCCUCCAAUCCAUCACUAUUCCAGGCAAUAAGAAGCAUGUCAUCUUCGAAGCUUUUUGUUGGAGGUCUCUCGUAUAAUAUGGAUGAAAUGAGUUUGAGGGAGACGUUCUCCAAAUGUGGAGAAGUGGUAGAAGCUAGAAUAAUCAUGGAUCGUGAGACCGGUAGGUCCCGAGGAUUUGGCUUUGUGACCUAUACCUCAACUGACGAGGCUUCCAGUGCCAUCCAGGAACUUGAUGGCCAGGAACUUCAAGGGCGAAGGGUAAAAGUGAAUUAUGCAACAGAAAGAACUCGGGGUGGGGGUUUUGGGGGUGGAUUUGGUGCAGGCAGUGGAUUUAACUAUGGUGGUAACUAUGGAGGCUCUGGAGGAUAUCAAGGUGGCAAUUUUGGAGGUGGUGGUGGUGGCAAUUACCCAAGAGCAGACGGAAACUUUGGUGGAGGGGGUGGAUAUGGGGCUAACAAUUACCCCAGUGGAGGAGGAAGUGGAUAUGGUGGCCACAGCAGCUAUCCCAGUGGAGAUGGGGGAUUUGGUGGCAGUAACAAUUACGCCAGCGGAGGCGGUGGCUAUGGCGGUGAAAGUAGCUUUUCCUCUCCUGGAUAUGGUGGUACACUUGGGACAUACGCCGAAGAUCAAGAACAGGGUGGAAAUGAAAGUGGAACUGGAGCUGAAAUUAACGAUUUUGCUGAUGAUCUGGAUGCAAAUGACAGGGAUGACAAUGAUGAGCCGAAUGAUUAUGCCAACACAAGGCGCUGAAUCCUUUCAAAUGUUCCGUGAAACAGCAGUAUUAUAGGAGCAUCCUCUAGAAUUGAAAGAAGUUAAUACUUAUUCUGCUUUCAGUUUUCCCUUCUUGAUGUGACCGGGUUAUUUCCACCCGUGGUUCUAACCAGUUAAUAAAUGUAUUACAUUGCAUGUUCGUCUUUUUAUUAGAAGAGAAAAAGGUGUGAUUUAGAGGGAAAAAAAGAAACAAAUAUGCAAUACGUCGCCGGAUUUUGUACUCCCGAAUUUGGAAAAGCUUUGGUAGUAAAUGGGAAGAAAACAGAAAUUUUGUUC